AUGGCGAACAAUUCGACGGCGGCGGAUGUCGGCUGGGAGGAGGUGGUUGCAUCGAACGAGAGAGGCCGGCGGGAGGUUUACUAUUACCUCAAGCGCGGCGACGGCGGCAGAAAUCUGGUGGUUGUGGGGAAGGAGAAGAGCAAUAGGCACAUGUCGUACAAUUACGCCUUUGAAGAAAACAACAUGCUGCCGUAUAAUUUGAACCGUGGUUCUAGGUUGAAGCUCAGGUCUAGAAGAGAUGUCGUCGAUUGGCUCAAUUCACUCCUUUCAGGUGAACGGCCUAGUGGGUCUGUUAAAGAGUUUACAGGUGGGAUGGAUGGUCAGUUAGAUGAUGUUAUUGUUAAGGAUGUCCGGGUUCGAAAGAUGGAUCAAUACGCGAAUGAUUUUAUGUGGUUAGGAUCAUCAUGGACAUGCCGAAAAAGACGUAGGCACUAUGGAGCAUUCUGUCGAAACGGGGCUGUAAUUUCUGCUCAAGACUUUGUCUUUGUAUUGGCAGAAGAAGGCAAACGACUUGUUGCUUACUUAGAUGAUAUGUACGAAGACGUCAGAGGCAACAAGAUGGUUGUGGUACGAUGGUUUCACAAAAUUGAUGAGGUUGGUUUUGUUUUGCCUCCUGAUUAUAAUGACAGGGAGAUUUUCUUUUCUCUUUGUCUUCAAGAUCUCAGUAUUGAAUGCAUAGAUGGACUAGCAACUGUCCUCAGUCCAGACCAUUAUGAAAAAUAUAUCGACGAAGCGACACAUAUAGGCUUGAUGCCUUUUGUGUGCAAUAGGCAGUUUGAUAACGACGAUGUCAAGCCAUUCGACAUAACACGCAUCAAAGGUUACUGGAAACAGAAAAUACUGAGCAAAACAACCUCGUCACUCGAACUAUCCGAGGAUGGUUCGAAGUCAAAAGGAUCUCUUUGUGUUGCCACUGGAUUAAGACCAAAUAAAAGAAUUCGCUGUUCUAAAGAGUCCGAUUUACAAUCGAAGCCGUUUGACAAAAGAGUGACUUUUGAAACUAGUUUACAAGUUUGCAAUGAUACUUCUAUUGAUUCCAAAGGAGGUUGGCCAAAAUUAUCCGUUUCUGGGCAAAAUAAUCCCGCACCAUCAAAUCCUCAACAAUAUUUAAACAUUGGCUCUCAAGUUGAGAUUCUCUCUCAAGACAGUGGCAUCAGGGGUUGCUGGUUCAGGGCUUCGAUCAUCAAAAGGCACAAAGAUAAGGUCAAAGUACAGUACAAAGAUGUAAAGGAUGCAGUUGAUGACUCAAAAUAUUUGGAGGAGUGGAUCCUGGCAUCACGAGUAGCUGCUGCGGACGCAUUGGAAGUUCGAUUGUCUGGAAGGACCAUUGUUAGACCAACAACAUCGUACGACGAGAAAGUUUCCGAUGUACUAAAUGUUGGUUGUGUGGUUGAUGCUUGGUGGCAUGAUGGAUGGUGGGAAGGGAUCAUUGUAAACAAAGAAUCUGAAGAUAGGCUAAAAGUUUAUUUUCCAGGGGAAAAGCAAGAGCUCGUAUUCAAUCGUGGUAAUUUGAGGCGUUCAAAGGAAUGGUUUAAUGGUGAGUGGCAUCGUAUCAAGGGAAGGCCCGACAUUGUCUCGUCAUUGUCCGGCAUAAACAAAAAAUCCGAUUUUGUGGGCCCCAUUCAUGAAGACUCUUUGCCUGUAAAGACGAUCAACUCAACAGUCGACAGUAAAGACAAGAAGAUGCCAAACGAGUCUCGACUUGUUCCUGAUCUGUCGAAAGAUUAUUCGCUCAUAAACUUGCGUUGGAACUCGUCUGGGAAGAGAAGACGUGGCCGCAGCCCUGUUCACAAGGGGCAUUACAGUAAUAAUACCAACUGUGCUGAGGCGGGGUUGAAGAAUUUUGAGAAAUUCUUGGUCAACUCAUCGUUAAAGUUUGACACAGACAACUGCAAGUACGCCAAUGAAGCUCGUUUUAGUUCGUCUACCGUGAAUAGUCUGACAAACUUGGUUAUGUCUAGGUGA